GGUGUAAACAACGCGCGCGCGCGCUUGUAUGUCACCUACACACAAUCUCUCCGCGGAGAGUAGACACUUGUCGUCACGUAUAGAGGAUACAUAUAUAUUAACGUACGUGACGGAUUGUUGAGGCGGCUCGAAUCAGAUGCACGCGAGCCUCGCGCACACGUAUAUACUUAUUAUAUAUAUAUGCGCUCUCGCGAGAGUGAGUGGCACACACGACAUUAUCGCGCAGUGCUGUGUGUCACGAGAAAAUUUUCCUGCUUCUUUUCAUUCGGGCUGCCGCCGUCCCUCGGUCAAGAUCGUGUCGCAGUCUUUUCGCGCUCUUCGUAAUCUAUACUUAGUUCUUUACGAAAUUUAGAUAGGCAGAAUAAUUGUACAUAUAUAGGGCAUAUAAGGCAGCCAGCCGUUAUUUACUCUCUGCGCGCGGUAGGUAUAGGUAUAUCCGCGAAAGUGAGAGGGAGAUAAUAGCGCGCGCGACUCUUCACGGUAUAGUAUAGGUAUAUAUAGAGAGUGUUGUUGGCGGCGCAGAUAUCGCGAGAAAGGAGAGCAGACCGCGAAGAAAGAGACGGCAGAGCCCGACAAUAUAUAGUUCAUAUCUGUAGUGUGUGUCACAGAUUACAGUAGUACCUAUACCUAUACACUCGUACAUAAGUUGUAUAGUGGGGAGUGUGCUAUAGACAAGGACAAGACGAAGGCGAGAGUGGUCCGCCCGUCGAGAGAGAAAGAGUAAGAGAGAGAGAGAGAGAGAGAGGGCGAAUCGAAUCGCGAGUUCGGGUGUAAAAUGGUGGUCGGCCGCCGCGAGUGCUGCGACUCGGCCGCUCAUGUAUACGUGGAACACUAACCCGCACACCGUAAGCGACAGUAGCAGCAGCAGCAGUAGCAGCAGCAGCAGUAUCAGGAGUUCGAGCAUCAGCGGUAAGGCCUCGACCAGCUGUAGCUGCAGGCGGGCAAGUGGCGAUCAGACGACGGCAACAACGACACCAGGAGCAGCAGCCUCAGCAGCAGCAGCAGCUCAACUCGGAGCCGGAGGAGGAGCAGACGACGGCAGCAGCGGCGGCGGCAGCGAGGACGAGGAGGAGCACCUGGUGCUGGCCGCGGCUCCGCCAGCUGCGACUCCAUAGACGACGUUGCGCAGCAGCGCGACGUUGCGCCGCUGCAGCAGCCGGAGCAGUUGCCACAACGAGGCCCGCAACGGCGAAUUUGCGAGCCGCUGGCCAUCAGCACAGCGUAGACCAACAGCAGCCGAGGCUGCUCGGCCUCGUCAGGAGGCAGUCCGAGCCGGUGGCCGCGCUCGGCCCGAUUGCCAGGAUGGCCCAGACCGAGGUCAAGCUGCAGCAUGGUGGCAAGAAGGGAUGGUUGUUCAAGUGGACCAACUAUCUUAAAGGUUACCAGCGGAGAUGGUUCGUUCUAUCGGACGGACUGCUAUCCUACUACAGGGCUGAACCGACAGGGGGGCCAAAGAUAUCGACACGACGCAAGCGGAGGGCUGGCAGAGCCUCCGAGAAUCCUGGUGAAAUGUCUCACACCUGUCGAGGCACAAUAUCAUUACACGGGGCCUUAAUACACACAGUGGAUGCCUGCACCUUUGUGGUGAGCAAUGGAGGGACACAGACUUUUCACAUAAAAGCAGCCACUGAGGUUGAACGACAAGAAUGGGUCACAGCACUCGAACUGUCCAAAGCCAAGGCCAUCCAAGCUAUGGAGUCUGAAGAAGAGGAGGAUGAGUACCAAGACAACGACAAUCAAAAGGGCGAACACGUUUCGACGAUCAAGGACCUGACCGAGAGGCUUGAGACGCUGCAGAAGUGGAAUGACAUUUUGACGAAGAGAGGAACGAUACUUCAGCGGGCUCUCAACGAUCUGGAGUCGCUCGAGACGAUUUCCCCGGAUCUGUCGACCAAGAUUAAGACCGUCAACGAGAAAGCUACCCAGUUCAAAAUCGCCGCCAAUGCCAUGAUAAAAUCGAGCGACGAGUACCUACAGCUGGCUCAGCAACAGGAGCCCAAAUGGAAGAAGAUGCUGCAGCAUGAACGGGACCAAAAGGUCCGGAUAGAAAAGAUGGUGGAGCAACUCGCACGACAGCACUCGCAUCUCGAGGAGGCAGCGCAACACGCGCUGCCAGCCGCUGGACAGGCGCACAGACAGAGCCACGCAGUGGUUAACACGUCGCCGAGCGAGGACGACGAGGACAACGUCGAGUUCUACGAUGCCCAGGAAUCGGACACGUUCACCCUGAGUGUACCAGGCGAAGAGGGCAUCGACUCGCUGGAGCGAGCCGAGCGCGAGCGCACUGACUCCCAGGGCAGCGAUGAUGGUUCGAGCUCCGAAGGUGAUCCGACACCUCUCUCCAGUGCCGACCCGACUCGCUCGGACUCCUACCUUAUUGUGACCGAGAACAACACGACCCAACAGUCAGCUGCCAGUCUCACCGAAGUCGACAGCGUACGCCAGAAAGCUCCAUUCUCCCCUACAUACAUACAUGGAGAGAAAAUGACGGCUUGGCAGUCGAACAAUGGCAGCAGCGGCGUGUCCGGGAUGAACGCCGGGGGUGGCCAGUCCGGCACCGUGUCGAAGCGGAAGCGUAGGACUCGCGUACCCGACAAGCCCAACUAUCCGUUGAACCUUUGGAGCAUAAUGAAAAACUGCAUCGGCAAGGAGUUAUCCAAGAUUCCGAUGCCUGUCAACUUCUCCGAGCCGCUCAGUAUGCUCCAGCGGCUCACAGAGGACUACGAAUACGCGGAGAUCCUCGAUAGAGCGGCCGAGUGCACGGAUAGCUACGAGCAAAUGGCCUACGUCGCGGCGUUCACGGUAUCCAGCUACUCGACCACGGCUUCACGGACUGGCAAACCCUUUAAUCCACUGCUCGGCGAGACGUACGAAUGCGACCGUACAGAUGACUUGGGCUGGCGCGCCGUAUCCGAGCAAGUCAGCCAUCACCCGCCAAUGGUGGCACAGUUCUGUGAGGGUAGAAACUGGCGCUGCUGGCAAGAGUUUACUAUGGCCUCAAAAUUCCGCGGAAAGUAUCUCCAGGUAAUUCCUCUGGGCACAGCUCAUUUAGAGUUUAACAGUGGUCAGCAUCACUACACGUGGCGCAAGGUCACGACAACGGUGCAUAACAUAAUCGUAGGAAAGCUGUGGGUUGACCAGAGUGGCGACAUGGACAUUGUAAAUCACAAGCAGGGAAUCAAGUGCCAUCUCAAGUACAUACCCUACUCGUACUUCUCGCGAGACAGCCAACGUAAGGUCAAGGGUGUGGUGAUGAACUCUAGCAAGGAGGUCAAAUGGGUUGUGCAAGGCAACUGGGAUUCCAAGAUCGAGAUCGCGCCGGUUAUCAGUACUUCUGGGACACCUGACAAUCCGGUCUACAAGACUGGACCAUAUAAUUGCGCCUGGAAGCGGCGUCUGCCUCCAGAUGACUGCGAAAAGUACUAUAACUUUACGGAAUUGGCCUGUCAACUGAAUGAGCCGGAGGAAGGUGUGGCUCCAACGGACUCGCGUCUCAGACCCGAUCAAAGAUUAAUGGAGAACGGAUUGUGGGAUGAAGCUAAUGCCGAGAAGCUACGGUUAGAAGAAAAGCAAAGGUCCGUCAGAAGGGCGCGUGAAAAUGAUGCCGAAAAGUCGGCUUCGCAAGGUUUACCUUAUUCCGCAUACGAGCCAUUGUGGUUCAAGAAGCAAGAGGAUCCGUACACGGAUAGCCUUUGUCAUAUGUACAAUGGCGAAUACUGGGACUGCAAGAACAAGCAGGAUUGGUCGCGGUGUCCGAACAUUUUUUAGUUUUCCUAUGAUUAAUAAUCUACAUGUGAACGUGAAUUAAUUAGCAUCUCUGUCAUUUCGUUUAUCAACUCUCGAUCGACGAAAAUUUUAAUGAACGAAAAUUAUUGUAUCGAGAGAAUGAUGAGAUAGAGAGCUUGAACGGGGUUAAACACUGCUUUUAAUCAAAGGCGAGUCAAUAAUGGGCUAAUUCUUCCAAAGUUUAUAUAAAAAGAUGUGAAAAAUAAGAUAAUUAGGACAUUCUCAUCUAUACACUAUAAUAUUGAAAAAUACUUACACACGAAGCUUCGAUGUUGUUUUUUGUACAAUAACCGAAAAUAUUCUUUUCCACUUGCCAAGACUCAUCUCUUUUGUUACGAUUCUUUAUUUCCUGCAAACGGACAAGCUAAUGCUGAAGCGUACUUUUUACACGCUUUAGUAGCGAUUAUUUUUAAAAAUAUAACAAAAUAUAAGGAAGCCUACUUGAUUGCGCCAAGUGCGAAAGAUUUAUUUUUAUAGUAGAUAAAAAAUAACUUUACGCUGCAAGAUUCUACGAUAUUAUCGAAAAACGCGCACGCUAAUUUCGAAGUACGAUUCUCUUUUAUGCGCUUUCUUAUUUAUAAACUUACCAGUGCGCCUCCUACAAAAAGACCUUUGCGAUCCAUAUCAACCUUGGAUAGUAAGAACGCAUUCAAACAAAAAUAAAAAGUAGCUAUAAAUGUAUCGCUGCGAGAAUCAUUGUACAGGAUGUUAAUGAUAUCGGGGAUAAUUCUAUGAAUAAUUAGCGUUCGAUUUUUAAAACCGCGCCGAUAAUAUUGCUGCUCUGCUAUUGGAAUUAGAAGCUAUAGUGCUUUGACUUUACUUUAGAACAAAUUAUUGUUUCUGUUCAAAUUAAUAAAUUAUCGCUCGAAUAGUUAUCGUCAUACAAGUGCCGUUUUUCAUAAACAUGCUUAAAAAAUGAUUUAUUUGUAUAUUAUGUACAAAAAAAAAACAUUGUUAUUAACUUACUUUUGAUAAAUUUAUAAUCAUUAUUAAAAAAAGAACGAGUUACUAAAGAUUAUAGAUUUAUUUUUACAGCGACGAUCGUUUAAGGAAGUUGCCAAUCUUUAAACUCCGCAGCUUUUUUAUUCAAAAUUUGUAGUGUGAUUUUUAUGGAAAGGAACCUUUUAUAUUGUAUAAAAUCAUUCAAACAUUUUAUUAGAUUUUUAUAUGAAUACUUUAUUUUCUACUGCAAAGUCAGAGUCUUUCCAUUCUUAUUCCAAAAACAGGUUGGUUAAAAUAUAAACGUUAUAAAUAAAGAAAAAAAAACUAUACUAAACGGUGGAUGAGCUUCCAAACUCUUUGUUUAGGAAAGCUUUUUGAGCUUUAUAAUAAAUUACUGAGAAUUUUUUCCUGUCCAUAAAAUACAUUUGUUAAUACAUAAUAUAUAUAUAAAAGUCUUGCGAUUUAUAAAUAUAUAUAUAAUAUAAUAAACACGUACGUUUAUAUUAUAUAAACAAACACAUUAUAUAUCAAGAAAUUUAUAAGUCUAUGAAGAUUGUUUCGCUGAGCUACAAAAAUGAAUAAAUCAGAACGUGAAUUAUAAUCUAGGUAAACACGAUGCAUGUCAAAGGCUCGUUAAAAAAAAAGUACACUGCACAUACUAGAUCAAUAAUUGUUUGCGGACGAAUCAAUCUAUUUGCAAGGCAACAUUUACAAAAUACACCAAUUGUUAUAUUAUAUCUCAGGCUGUAUUAUAAUUUUAAUAGUCGAUAAGAAUUUAAAGAUUAUAUCUGUACACAUAACAUAGAUAUGAAAUUAUUAUACAUAAUAUAAUAAAAAUAUAAUAUAAUUUUAAAGAUUUCAGUUGUGGGUAGGCGAAAGCAACAAAAAAAUUUUUGAAAAAUUUAAAAACGCUUGUACAUUAUAGCUACGGUUUGUUCAAUGAAAAAAGGAUGCAUUUUUUCUAAGUGUGAAUAUUAUUUCAGCGUAAUGUAAACGGCAAAAUGCGCGGUAUGCUAAAACAACACGAACAACAAAAGAAAACGAAUUCACAGAAUACAUAAGGAACUCUUGCUCGGAACAUUGCUAGAUACGAUGUUUGUGCAGCGAAGAUAAGGUAAUAUUGUGUACGUUACUCGCAAAAAGCAAUUACUACGUCGAGAGUUCCUAACAUAUAAAGUAAUACCGUAACCGCUGAUCUGUAGUGCCUGUCAUUUUAUAUUAACGAAAUAACAGAUUUAAUGACAGAGAGAAAAUAUCAUUUAUUGAGAUACUGUAAGUAUUGUAAUAUAUCCAUUGAUUUUUCCAAUGUAAACAUGAAAGAACGAAAGAGUGAGAAAGAAAGAGUGCGCGCGAGAGCGGGAGAGAAUGAAAGUGAAGAAAGAAUAAAAUUUAAGUUGAAUCAAUUUAAGUUAGAAACGCGAUCGAUGAAGUUGAAUAUCUAUUCGCGAUAUGGCGAGAAUAGAUGAAUUAUCGAUCAUAACUCGACUUUUAUUUUAAUACACGAUGGCGAUAAAAAACGAAAACUUGAAUGGAUUAGUUUGUAUAGAACGAAGUGGAAAGUGUAUGCAGAAAAUAAAGAUUUAAAAUCGUCAGUCUAA